AUGUCCACCGAACCUAGAUGCAGUGACCAGGGUGCGGGACCCACCGAGGCUGAGGCUCAUGAGGACCAGACCUGCGGCUCUCUCACCUUUGAGGACCUGCUUCUGCGCUUCUCCCCUGAGGAGUGGGGCAUUAUGAAUGAGGAUCAGAAGCGUCUGUACUGUGAAGUGAUGAUGUCCACCUUUGCAGACGUCCUGUCUCUGGGAAUUCCACUCUCCAGAGCCUCCCUCCUGUCCGGGAUGGAGCCACAGGGAGAAUAUCUGGGGUGUUUCUUGGGUGACAUCACCACAGCCCAGGUGACAAUGAUGGAGAUUCAGCCCGUCCCCACUCCGUGGUCCUGUACAGAGAGCAGUGAGGGUGCCCCUUCUGAGCUCAGGCUUUCUAUAAGAGCACCCACUCCUCUAGCUGGGCCGCGUGCUCCUGGGAGCCACCUCCCUGCCAUGUAUGACUCCGACGUGAAGGACUUGUUUCCCCUGGCAGUGCAGCAGGGAAUGUCCAUCAGGAAGAGGAGGCAAUAUGCAUUUGAGUCACAUGCCAGAGAAUUCUCCUUUGUUUUGCCUCACGGUGGUACAGAAACCAUUAGAAGGGAAAGGGGCCAGGGCCCAUUAGUGACAAGCCACACUUUUCAAGGGCCAGACCAGGCCCUCACUGGCAGUGUGCUUGUCCCUCGCCAGGGCACUCAUAGCCAUCGGGGUAGGAAGGCCUCUGACAGUUCACAGACUUUCAAGUGUGAACACUGUGGGAUAGUUUUUGUGAAUAAAGGUAAAUUCCUUCAGCAUAGGAGAAUGCACUACGAACUAAAGUGUAGGCAGUGUGGAAAAGCUUUCUACUCUCAAAACUCACUGUUUCAGCACAAGAAAUUUCACACUGGAGAAAGGCCUUAUGUGUGCGCUGAUUGUGGAACAAGUUUCUCCCGUAAAACUGUGCUCACUGCACACAAAUGUCAUAUUGGAGAUAAUUCUUGUAGGUGUGAUGAAUGUGGAAGAUUAUUAUCUUCUCAAUCUUACCUUGUAAUACAUAAGAGAGUUCACAGCAGAGAAAGGCCUUAUGUGUGCAGUGAAUGUGGGAAGACCUUUAUCUCCAAGUAUGACCUUACCCACCACAAGAAAGGUCAUAAUAGAGGAACACGAGUGAGUAGAAAAAAUCCAUCCAUGGAGACUCCAGCCUCAUCCAACAGGGAGGUCACAAUGGAGUGA